UUAUGAAGUAUUCUUCCGACAUCAACAGCACAAAGACCGACUGAGAAUCAACGGAAUCCUCUCAUUUUGCAGAGUGUUGUAAUUUUCGCCGAGAAUUUUCUCCGAGGCCGUGCAGAGUUUGUGACUUUGUCAAGGCUUAUUUAGCUGGGCGGAUUUUAACUUUGCGAGAACGAUUUUACAUUUUCCACAUUGUAGAAGCGAGGUUCCUCGAGAAAAAGCUUAUUUAACUGCCUGAGAGAAAAAAUUUUCUUCUUUUUUUAGGAAAAUUUGGAAGACCUUCAAGGUUCGGACUAAUUUCCACGUACGGGUGGCGAUUUGUUUUUGGCAAUUUAAAUGCGGAUUCAUUUAAAUAUUUAAAAAAGAUCGUUAAGUGCACCAAACAAGUAGCUAGUUCCUGCUUUAUUCUUCUGGGGUCUUCUUAGUCAACAUGAGAGUUUCACUGGCGCUCUUUGCGCUAGCGUUUUGUUUACAAGCUGAUUCUGCAAUUGGUCGUUGGAGAAGAUUCAAAGAAGGGAAUUUCAUCAUCGGAGGGCUUUUUCCCAUAACCGAAGGGCCGGAGUGCAACAAAGUGCGGAGCGAAGGAUUACUGCUCGCUGAGGCGUUUUUUUACACAAUAAACAAUGAUUCGGUUUAUAGCGAUGCAGUUCUUGGAUAUGAUAUCAGAGACAGUUGUUCGAGCCCUGAGGUGUCUGUGAAAGAGGUUCUAGAUAUUUUGAGACAUGAAAAUGAUGGAACAUUAUCUGAAAACUGCUCAUUGAAGAACGCACGUAAACAAUGUGGAGUGCUCGCGUUUGUGGGACCAGAUUUGUCUGGCAACGCUGUCGUUACAAGUUUCAUAUUGAGCGCUUAUGGGGUACCUCAGAUCAGUUACGGAGUUUCCAGCUCACUUCUCAAUGACAGGUCAAUCUUCAGAACGCUUUUCCGCACGUCUUUUUCUGAUAAACAAGUUGCGGCGGUGUUGACGAGUCUUAUAACUUCUUUCGGAUGGUCUUGUAUAAAUAUCAUAAGUUCGAAAGAACGUUUUUACCGUGGAAUAAUGGGAAACCUAAAACGGGACCUUAAAAAACGCGACAUCUGCAUUGCCUUACAUGACGCCGUCGGUAGUGGUGAAAUUUCGAGUAUUGUAAUGGCAAUCAAAGUUCGUAGGAGUGUUUUCGUGAACGUUGUUUUAGGAAGCGAGGAUUUUAUUUCCAAGAUUUUCAGCGAAGCACGGAGAAAAAAUUUGACAAAAAGAGUGUGGAUUAGAGCUGACAUGUCAAACGAGCGAUCACGAUUGGAUGAAAGCUACGGUGACGUCAUGGACGGAAUGCUGACCGUGUCUGUGCCCAAAGAAGACUUGGGCGAGUUUAAAAAUGUCGUCAGCAUAUUGGCGAAAAACGUUUCAGAAAUGUAUUGCACUUGGAUUGAAAAAGACAGCCGCUGGUCCGCUGUCUGUGGAAAUCGUAGCAGUGAGCAAUCGGUCGGCUUGCAGGGUGUGUCAUUGGACAAAACUGCUUACGUCAUGAAUGCAGUUCUUGCAGUCACGCAGACAGUGAAGAAAGUUACCCAGUGUACUAGGAAUAGUGUGCAAAGCAGUUUUAACUGCUUGAGGGGGAAUUUUACGCUGCAGUAUGCGCGGGAACUUGUUUUGAAGAACUUAGAGAAGAUUACUUUUAGAAAUAGUCAAAAUACUAAUAUAUCCUUCACCUCUAACCGAGAAUUGAAUAAAGAAUUUGAUAUCAUGAACGUGCAUGCCAUCUGCAAUAAAACCAUAGCGACUACCCGAGUAGGAAAAUGGACCAGAGAGCAGAGACUGGUAAUAAAUGAGACUGACAUUCAAUGGCCUGGUAAAGAAUACAGAGUCCCUUAUUCUGGAUGCCGGGAGCGCUGCCCCCUGGGUACCUAUACCAAAUAUGGUUGGGAGACAUGCUGGUGGAACUGUCAUAAGUGUCCUAAGGGGACCUUUAAUGAUAACCACACCGCGACCCUUUGUAAAGUUUGCCCGAAGCACCAAAUGCCAAAUGAGCUUCAGACUGGUUGUGUAGACAAACCUCUCGCAGUGUUAGUCUUCGGAGAAAUGCUAACAGUUACUCUACUCUCCGCGUGUGGACUGGGAGAGAUUCUUACAUUGCUCGUGUUGGGUGUUCUGGUGAGAUAUCAGGACACCCCUGUUGUCAAGGCAACGAAUUUAACUUUUACGGUCUUGUCCUUGUUAGUGCUUGCUGUUUGGUUCCUGAAUCCGGUUCUCUACAUCGGUAAGCCAUCUGACAUUGUUUGCAAAUUGAGAACCGUGUCGUUCGCAGUUUUGUACACCACUAUCACUGCGGUUUUAUUGACCAAGACGAACCGUUUGAUUAAGAUUUUUUCUGCUCUCAAGCAGCAUUGUUUCCUCAGCAACUGCUGGUACGGUUUCUUGACAUGCGCACUGAUUCUUGUGCAGAUUGGUUUGAGCGUGUUUCACCUUCUGGUUUUCCCGCCAAGAGUGACUUAUGAUUACAGCGUCGCGGGCGCUUUGUUUAUGUCAUGUGAGCACAAUUUGGCCGUUGAUUUGGCUUCGUUAGGUUAUGACUCAUUUCUCGCGACGAUAUGCUCGUAUCUUGCUUACAAAUCACGUAAUCUGCCGAGAGCUUAUAACGAAUUUAAAUGGAUAUGUCUCAGCAUGUUUACAAACUUUUUAUCGUGGACUGCUAUUUUAAUUUGCCAUCACACGUCGUUUCAUGGAAGGGAGAGCUACAUCUGUGCAAUAAUGGCGCUAAUUUUGGGAGCAUAUUCAAUGCUUUUCCUUCUGUUUCUUCCAAAAGUUCGUGUAAUUUUUUUCCGGCCGGAAAAGAACACGAAGCAGGCAGCGAUAGAAAGCACAAGGCGUUACUCAAUUGACCAGGCUUCUGGGAUUGAUCUGUCGCCGAUUCAGGGAAUGACUCUGAGACGGAACACAUCGCCAGCGUGUCUAGCGUUUCAGUUUAUGAAUGGAUCUAUGAACAAGCUACCAGUUGUGAAGCAAAACUUGGGACCGAGGCGCUCUCAAGGGUCAAUUAUUGCGACCAUAAAAGAGUUGCCCGAGGAGAGAAAAUCAAGCGUCUAAAAUUCUGUAUCGUUGUCCCAACAAUUUUUGCAUGGAAAGAGCAAACGUACGUAGAAGGAGGUGUUUGUGUAUGCGCGUCCGCGAAGGAGGGUCGGAAUGGCCUGUUUUGUCCCGAUCUUGUUAAAAGAAUCUAAAGAGCCGCGUCAUAGUUUUUCAAUGGUGAUUCUAUAUUGAUCUUACGUUAAAGUUAUUAUAGGUCCAUCAUUUUUAAUCCGUGUUAUACCACGGUGUAACUUCUCCCAACAGUAUUAGUUCAUUGUUAACCAGCAAGUCGAUGAGAAGAAAUAGAAACAUCAACUGAGUAUCACUGUUCUAUUAAACAACAAAUUCUCAAAGCAAAGGUGUAAGAAAUGUAGGAAAGACAUUAAGGAGAAUUGAUAUUGAGAUCUAGGGAGUAAAAAGCUGAACAUUAAUCCUUAAGCAUUCCUUUUUGGAUUGCAUUUUGUACUUUAGCGAGCCACCGUAGGACAUAUAGUGAUAUUGUCUUCCCUUUCGUUACCUUUUCGCUUGCAAGUUCGUCGAACUGUGAUUGGGAAAAAUUCCUUUCCUAUCACUUCUGAAAUUAAAGGCAUACAGUACCACUUAAAAUAAGUAAAAGGAAACAAACAUCGAGGGAAAAC